AUGUUUAAUUCUGGCGGAUUUGAGUUGAGAAAAUGGAUCAGCAACUCAGCUGAUUUAUUGAGAGAUGUUCCUGAUGAACAUCGGGAACAAUCAUCACUGUCAUCCAUUGAGGGUGACCCAUUAUUCAGAACACUCGGUUUAACAUGGAAUAUAAAAGAAGAUUGUUUUUGUUAUACAUACAGCCCAUACAGGGAACCACAAACAAUCACCAAGAGAGUAGUGUUGGCCAGAGUGGCUCAAUUAUUUGAUCCACUUGGCUGGAUUACACCAAUCAUCACAAGAGGCAAAUUGUUAGUACAACAAUUAUGGAGAGUUAAACUUGAGUGGGAUGAAGAAAUACCACUUGACUUGUUAAAUCAAUGGCGAGAAUUUAACGACCAGCUCAAUCAUUUAUCAUCAAUUACCAUACCGAGAUGGUUAAAUCUUGAGUCAUCAACUUCAUCAAUACAAAUUCACGGGUUUGGCGAUGCAUCUGACGCAGCAGUGGGUGUCUACACCGAGGUUAGAACUCUCAGCGGCGGUAUUAUUGGUGAAGUUGGUCAAGAUGUACAAGAAAGUCUGAGUUUGACAUCAGUCGAGACACAUUUGUGGACUGAUUCAUCCAUCACUUUCUAUUGGAUAAAAGGAGAUGCAAGUCGUUGGAAAGCGUUCAUUCAAAAUAGAGUUGUACUUAUACAGAGUACAAUUCCAAAUGCCAUCUGGCAUCAUGUGCCCGGGGAAGAGAAUCCAGCGGACGUUGCAUCACGAGGAGUUUCAUCAGAACAAUUAACAUCAGACAGGUUAUGGUGGGAGGGUCCACAUUGGAUCUGUGAAGAUCAGAGUACAUGGCCUGUGUUAGGUGAAAUAGAGAUUGACACAGAGUUGGUCGAAGAGAGACAAAUAAAAAUUCACACAGUAAGAGCGAGUGAAGAGGAGUUUUUGACAAAAUUCUCGACACUUACCAAAGCGGUAUCAUCAGCAUCAUGGUGGAGAAGAUUUUAUCAAUCAUUGGCCAAGAAAAACACAAUAAAUAAAACGUCUUGGUUGACUGUUGAUGAACGUCGUCACGCGUUGUGGGGACUUAUUUCGUUCACACAACAGCAACAAUUUCAUCAAGAGAUAACUACUUUGUCUAAAGGUGAACCAAUAUCGAGAUCGAGCACCUUGAUUCAACUCAAUCCAUAUAUUGACAAAGAUGGGUUAUUGAGAGUGAGUAGUAGAUUGGAGAAUUCAUCAUUACAAGCUGAGGCUGUCAACCCAAUCAUACUACCAAAAGAGUCGAGAUUAACAGAGCUCAUUUUACAUGACUGUCAUGUAAACACACAUCAUGGAGGAGCCCAACUUACCAGUAUGUUGGCAACAUUGAGACAAAAUUACUGGAUAGUUGGAGGUCGAGUACCAGUAAGAUCGUUCAUCAACAAAUGUGUAACUUGUGUACGUCAUCGUGCUAAACAAUCACAACAAUUAAUGGGUCAGUUACCACCAUCAAGAGUCCUAAAAAUGAGACCAUUUCUCCAUACAGGAGUGGACUAUGCUGGACCAUUUGAGUUGAAGACAUGGUCAGGAAGAGGUAACAAAAAAUACAAGGCUUAUCUUGUGGUCUUUGUUUGCAUGUCUUCAUCAGCUGUACAUCUUGAGUUGGCCACAGAUUACACAACUGAGGACUUUUUAGCGGCCUUUGAGAGAUUCAUCAGCAGGAGAGGCUCAUGUACAAAAUUGUAUAGUGAUUGCGGCACUAAUUUUGUCGGAGCAGAUGCGGAAUUAAAGAAACUAUUCACUGCAUCAUCAAAAGGAGUUAAAGAGUUGGCUAGUUUAUUAGCUAGAGAUGGAACUUCAUGGAGUUUCAUUCCACCUGGUUCUCCACACUUUGGAGGUAAAUGGGAAUCAGUGGUUAAAUCAUCAAAGCAUCAUAUCAAGAGAGUCAUUGGUGACCAUGUGUUGACAUAUGAACAGUUUACAACAUUCCUCACACAAGUUGAAUGUUUGUUAAACUCAAGGCCAUUGUGCCCUUUGAGUGAUGAUCCAGAGGAUCUUCAAGCAUUGACACCAGGUCAUUUUUUAAUUGGAGAACCACUUAAUUUGGUAUCAGAACCAUUAGUCUUGGAGGUUCCUGAUAACCGACUAACAAGUUGA